GUGAGCUGAACAGCUAGCGCCAACAUUUCUACUUUGAUUCUGUCUUCUUUUUGUCUUUCUACGCCCUCACCUUUCGACCAUUCCUCGUCCAUAGUUUGCGUCUUGUUUUUCAUUCUGAAUUUAAGAGGCUCAUAGCAUCACCGUGUCUACUCCGGCACGACGGUGGCUAGCAGCGAUGGUCUACGAUUCGAUGGCCGCAUGGGACCGGUCCAACUUCCAAUUCAACGAUGCGAUCCAGAGUCGAGGCGGAAGUUGGAGCGGCGACUUCUCCUUCGAGUACGGCCCCGGGUCCACAAUCGCACGAGAAGACUACACUCCCCCAUCACCUCCCUCUUCCAUAGGCGAGACAGCACACAUCACCGAUCGAGUCUAUACACUCAGUCCACCCGUGUCACCCACUCUCUCUCCCGUGGCCACAACCCGAACAGACUCAGCGAUAUCUCCCUUCGAUCUGCAACCAACAACCCCAUCCGAACUCAGCGACAAGGAAAAGAAGCGCCUCGCACAUCGCCUCUACAUCGCUUCCUGCGAAGGCGACACGGACAGCAUCCACCAACUCCUCGACCUCGGUGUCGACAUCAACACGCCCACCAUCGUCCGCGACCUCUACGACGCCUUCAAACCCCCCAAACCAGGCACCCUCUCCCCCCUCGCCGGCGCAGCAGGCAAAGGCCAGCUCGACGCCGUGGAGCUUCUCAUAGCCCACGGCGCCGCCAUAAACCCCACAAUGAAGCAAUCCUCCUCCGCCCCGCUGCACCAAGCGUGCAAAGCCAACGACGUCGAAAUCGCGCGCUUCCUCCUCGAAGUCGGCGCGGACGUCAACAACCUCAACUGCUACAAAACCAGCCCCAUUAUGUACGCCGUGAAGCAUGGCAAACCCGAUCUCGUGCAGCUCAUCCUUUCCUACAACCCCGAUCUCAGCAUUCCGUCUUUCAUCAACACCGCUGCCAUCCACUGGGCCGUGUGGCCGGGCCACGAGCGCAAUAUGGAACUCCUCCUGCGCGCGGGCGCCGAUCCGAAUCACCUGAUGGGCGAUGGGAGUACGCCGCUGCACUGCGCCGCGCUCUCGGGCUUCACGGAGAUGGUGAAGGUUUUGCUGUCGUUCGGGGCGGAUCCGAAGCGGAGGAAUCUGGAUGGUGCCACGCCUGCGGUCGCUGCGGAGAAGUUUGGGUUUACGGAGCCGGCGGAGGUAUUGAGGGCGGCGGAGAAAGAGGGUGUAGUGAAGGGCGAGAGGUGAGAUGAUGUGGUUUACGGCUUCUGAUACGACUCUACGAUACCCUUUUGUGAUUGGCGAUCUUGCGAUGGU